AUGCAGACCAGCCUGUUCCUGAGGAGACCACACUGGUCUGUUGUGAGAACCUUCACUCCUUUUUACUUCCUGGUGGAGCCGAUGGACAUUCUGUCAGUUCGUGGGGCAUCUGUUAUAAUGAACUGUUCAGCUUAUUGUGAAACUCCUCCGAAGAUCGAAUGGAAGAAAGAUGGGACUCUUCUAAACUUGGUCUCAGAUGACCGUCGCCAGUUGCUGCCAGAUGGGUCUUUAUUAAUAAACAGUGUGGUGCAUUCCAAGCAUAAUAAACCCGAUGAAGGAUAUUAUCAGUGUGUGGCAACUGUGGAAAGCCUGGGGACCAUUGUAAGCAGAACAGCAAAGCUCACGGUAGCAGGUCUUCCCAGGUUCACCAGCCAGCCGGAGCUAUCAUCUGUCUAUAAAGGAAACAGUGCAAUCCUGAACUGCGAGGUGAACGUUGACCUCGCGCCGUUUGUGAGGUGGGAGCAGGACCGGCAGCCCCUCCUCCUGGACGAGCGUGUCUUCAAGCUGCCAAGCGGGGCGCUGCUUGUUGGUAACACUACUGAUACAGAUGGAGGAUUCUACCGCUGCGUCAUCGAAAGUGGUGGCACCCCCAAAUACAGCGAGGAGGCAGAGCUGAAAAUUCUUCCAGAUCCAGAAGAGCCCCAGAGCUUGGUCUUCGUGAGGCAGCCGUCUUCACUUACUAAAGUUACUGGGCAAAAUGUGGUGUUUCCAUGUGUUGCUGGAGGAUUUCCAACUCCGUAUGUCAGAUGGACAAAAAAUGGAGAAGAGCUAAUCACAGAAGACUCUGAGAGGUUUGCGCUGCGUGCGGGGGGCAGCCUGCUCAUCCCUGAUGUUACAGAAGAGGAUGUUGGGACCUACACCUGCGUAGCAGAGAACGAGAACGAAACGAUUGAAGCUCAGGCAGAGCUUGCAGUACAAGUUCCUCCUGAGUUUCUGAAGCGACCUGCAAACAUUUAUGCUCAUGAAUCUAUGGACAUUGUCUUUGAGUGUGAAGUGACUGGAAAACCUACUCCAACUGUGAAGUGGGUCAAGAACGGAGACGUGGUGAUUCCAAGCGACUACUUCAAAAUCGUUAAAGAACAUAAUCUGCAAGUUUUGGGUCUGGUGAAAUCAGAUGAAGGAUUCUAUCAGUGCAUUGCAGAAAAUGAUGUUGGAAAUGCACAGGCUGGAGCCCAGCUGAUAAUACUUGACCUCGAUGUUGCCAUCCCAACAUUACCUCCCACUUCACUGACCAGUGCCACUAAUGACCAUCUAGCACCAGCUACAACGGGACCACUGCCUACAGCCCCUCGGGACGUCGUGGCCACCCUCGUCUCCACUCGCUUCAUCAGGCUGACGUGGCGGACACCGGUGUCAGACCCGCAGGGAGACAACCUCACCUAUUCAAUCUUCUACACCAAGGAAGGUAUCAACAGGGAACGUGUUGAAAACACCAGUCGUCCUGGAGAAACACAAGUGAUGAUCCAAAACCUGAUGCCAGAAACGGUUUAUGUCUUCAGAGUUGUGGCUCAGAACAAGCACGGCCAUGGAGAGAGCUCAGCACCACUGAAGGUGGCCACGCAGCCCGAGGUUCAGCUGCCUGGUCCAGCACCCAAUAUCCGAGCAUACGCUGGCUCCCCCACCUCUGUCACCGUCACAUGGGAAACGCCGCUGUCUGGCAAUGGGGAAAUCCAGAACUACAAGCUCUACUACAUGGAGAAGGGGCAGGACAGCGAGCAGGAUGUUGAUGUAGCAGGACUCUCCUACACCAUUACUGGAUUAAAGAAGUACACUGAGUAUAGUUUCCGAGUGGUGGCUUACAAUAAACACGGCCCUGGCGUCUCUACCCAAGAUGUUGUUGUGCGAACGCUGUCAGAUGUUCCCAGUGCUGCACCACAGAAUCUAACACUGGAGGUGCGGAAUUCCAAGAGCAUCAUGCUGCACUGGCAGCCUCCUCCUGCAGGGACACACAGCGGCCAAAUCACCGGCUACAAAAUCCGCUUCCGCAAAGUGUCCCGUAAGAGUGAUGUGAGUGAGAGCGUCGGGGGGACACAGCUUUUCCAGCUAAUUGAAGGUCUUGAACGAGGCACGGAGUACAACUUCAGGAUAGCUGCCAUGACUGUGAAUGGCACUGGGCCAGCUACUGACUGGGUGUCAGCAGAAACGUUUGAGAGCGAUCUAGAUGAAAGCCGUGUUCCCGAAGUUCCGAGCUCCUUACACGUCCGUCCUCUGGUCACCAGUAUUGUGGUAAGCUGGACUCCACCUGAGAACCAGAACAUCGUGGUGAGAGGUUAUGCCAUAGGGUAUGGCAUCGGCAGUCCUCACGCACAGACCAUCAAGGUGGACUAUAAACAGAGAUACUACACCAUUGAAAACUUGGACCCGAGCUCACACUACGUCAUAACUCUGAAAGCAUUCAACAAUGUUGGUGAAGGAAUUCCUCUCUAUGAGAGUGCAGUGACCAGGCCUCAUUCGGACACUUCCGAAGUUGAUUUGUUUGUUAUUAAUGCUCCAUACACUCCAGUGCCAGAUCCAUCUCCCAUGAUGCCACCGGUGGGAGUUCAGGCUUCCAUUCUGAGCCAUGACACCAUACGGAUCACUUGGGCAGACAACUCUCUGCCAAAGAACCAGAAGAUCACAGAUGCUCGCUACUACACAGUUCGCUGGAAAACCAAUAUUCCUGCAAAUACAAAGUACAAGACGGCCAACGCGACCACUCUGAGCUAUUUAGUGACUGGGUUAAAACCAAACACCUUGUAUGAAUUCUCCGUGAUGGUGACUAAGGGGCGAAGAUCGAGCACGUGGAGUAUGACAGCACACGGGACAACUUUUGAACUAGUUCCUACUUCGCCUCCCAAGGAUGUGACUGUGGUGAGCAAAGAGGGAAAGCCUCGGACCAUCAUUGUGAACUGGCAGCCUCCGUCCGAAGCCAACGGCAAAAUUACAGGAUACAUCAUUUACUACAGUACGGACGUGAAUGCUGAGAUACAUGACUGGGUUAUUGAGCCCGUGGUGGGGAACAGGCUGACCCACCAGAUACAAGAGCUGACCCUCGACACGCCGUAUUACUUCAAAAUUCAGGCCCGCAACUCGAAGGGCAUGGGGCCCAUGUCUGAGGCCGUCCAGUUCAGGACCCCUAAAGCUGAAUCCUCAGAUAAAAUGCCUAAUGAUCAAGCUUCGGGAUCUGCAGGGAAAGGAAGCCGCCCGGUGGACGUGGGGCCGGACUACAAACCCCCGCUCAGCGGCAGUAACAGUCCCCAUGGAAGUCCGACCUCCCCCUUGGAUAGCAACAUGCUUCUUGUCAUCAUAGUGUCUGUUGGGGUCAUCACCAUUGUGAUCGUGGUCAUCGUCGCCGUUUUCUGCACUCGUCGUACCACUUCUCACCAAAAAAAGAAACGGGCUGCCUGCAAAUCAGUGAACGGGUCCCAUAAGUACAAAGGGAAUUCCAAAGAUGUCAAGCCUCCUGACCUUUGGAUCCAUCAUGAAAGACUGGAGCUGAAACCCAUUGAUAAAUCUCCAGAUCCCAAUCCAAUCAUGACAGAUACCCCAAUCCCUCGCAAUUCCCAGGACAUCACCCCAGUUGAUAAUUCCAUGGACAGCAAUAUUCACCAAAGGCGGAACUCCUACAGAGGGCAUGAGUCGGAGGACAGCAUGUCCACGCUGGCAGGAAGAAGGGGGAUGAGGCCCAAGAUGAUGAUGCCUUUUGAUUCUCAGCCGCCUCAGCCUGUGAUUAGUGCCCAUCCCAUCCAUUCACUCGAUAACCCUCACCAUCAUUUCCACUCCGGCAGCCUCGCUUCUCCAACUCGCAGCUAUCUCCAUCACCAGGUCAGCCCGUGGCCGAUGGGCACAUCCAUGUCCCAUUCAGACAGGGCCAAUUCCACAGAAUCCGUUCGGAACACACCGAGCUCCGACACCAUGCCGGCCUCCUCGUCCCAGCCUUGUGCAGACCACCAGGACCCCGACAGCAGCUCGGGUGCUUACUUGGGCAGUGCACAGGAGGAGGAUGCGGCCCAGGGUCUGCCCACAGCUCACGUCCGUCCAUCCCACCCGCUGAAGAGCUUUGCGGUGCCAGCAGUGCCAGCAGCCGGCUCUGCCUACGACCCUGCGCUGCCCAGCACCCCGCUGCUGACCCAGCAAGCUCCCUCCCAUCCAGUUCACUCGGUGAAGACUGCAUCGAUUGGGACUUUAGGAAGAACACGGCCUCCCAUGCCUGUGGUGGUUCCCAGCGCCCCUGACGUGCAGGAGACCACCAGGAUGCUCGAGGACUCGGAAAGCAGCUAUGAACCAGAUGAGCUGACCAAAGAGAUGGCCCACCUGGAAGGACUCAUGAAGGACCUUAAUGCCAUCACUACAGCAUGACCACCUUCACCAGGACAUGACUCCAGAUUGUUUCACACGUCUUGGGACUCAGCCUUGGAACACAAGGAAUUGUACAGUAAAAAAAAAAAAUACAGAAGAGGGACAGCACAUUGAGAGCAUCCCCAGGAGGCAGAGGAACCAAUUGGUGCAUUUGUGCUACAGCUGGUCAAAGAGGAACGACCUUCCCGGCCAUCAUCCUGUAACAAAGUCACACCAAGCUGAGUUCCAUUCACCUGCUGAGUCCAUGCAGGAUGGGACUGAAAUCUAGCAUCCAGACAAAAGGAAAGAGAGUGGACUUCAUAAGUUGUUUUUUUUUCCUGGUCAGGUUUUGUCUCAGUGGUGUGAUUGCCCUGCCUUUUCAGUGUUGGACAUUUGCAUUCAUGUACAAUUUUGUGUUUUUAUUUUAUCUUUUUUUUUUUUUAUAUAUAUAA